AUGACAAUUCCAAGAUUGGAACUGCAGGCAGCGGUUAUGGGCAGCAGACUGGCGAAUUUUAUCAGCUCAGAGCACAGCAUAUCCAGUGGAAGGAAGUUCAUGUGGACCGACUCUCAGACAGUUCUCAGGUGGAUUCGAUCAGACGCACGUAAGUACCAGACGUUCGUCGCUCAUCGAACUGGAGAAAUUUUGGAAUCGACAGCUCAAAAUAAAUGGCGACGGGUACCUACUAACGAGAACGUUGCAGACGAAGCCGCCAGAGAAACUUAUCCUUUGGAAAUAAAGUCCACGAACAGGUGGUUCACAGGACCGGAAUUUCUCCUGAGAGACGAGUCUGAGUGGCCACAAGUUUCUCUCUCAGAGCAGCAACAGGAAGAGACCCUGGAUUUGAAGAGAGAGUUCUGUGGCACCGUGUCACAGAAGGUAAAUUUCGAUGUUCUGAUUAAUUUUUCCAGGUUUUCGAAAUGGCAUCGGCUGAUUCGCACCUGGGCUUGGACCAAAUUCACCGCAAAAAAAUGGAGAAACUGGCAACGUUCCCAAGACUGCAAAGAUAUUGCAGACAUGACUCUGACAGUUCCUGAGGUGCAGCAAGCGGAAUUGGAAAUUCUCAAGAUGACAGGCAGAUAG